UUUGUCGGUAGACGCAGGAGAGUUCAGUGGCUCGCUCGCUCGCUCGCUCGGAGGUGCUCGCGGGCUGCGUUCCAUCCGUACCUCGGCUCUCCCUGGAGAGGGAGGGAGGCUUCGUGGAUCGGGAGCGAGCCUCCGCCGCGGCAGUCAGCUCGAAGUCGCUAGGACUUCUCUCAAACUUGUGUGCUGAGGAGACUCAGAUGUUGGCCUCAGCUCCUAGGCUGAACUCAGCAGAUUGGCUCAUGAAAACUAAUGUAUUGAGACAAAGGAAAGGAUCUGGCAGAAAGCAACAUCUAUUAUCCUGGGCUUGGCAGCAAGGAAGAGGACAAGUAGUGGAAUUCCUGCAAUCUGAAAACCACACUGAAAGGUGACAUAGAAGCUGAACGAUGGGUGGCGGAGAGAGGUAUAACAUUCCAGCCCCUCAAUCUAGAAACGUUAGUAAGAACCAACAGCAGCUUACUAGACAGAAGACUAAGGAUCAGAAUUCCCAGAUGAAGAUUGUUCACAAGAAAAAAGAACGAGGACACAGUUACAACUCAUCAGCAGCUGCAUGGCAGGCUAUGCAAAAUGGCGGGAAGAACAAUUUUUCUAGUAAUCCAAAUUGGAACGCUAGUCUAUCAAGUCCCAGUUUGCUUUUUAAAUCUCAAACUAACCAGAACUAUGCUGGAGCCAAGUUUAGUGAGCCACCAUCACCAAGUGUUCUUCCCAAGCCACCAAGCCACUGGGUUCCAGUUUCAUUUAAUCCUUCAGAUAAGGAAAUAAUGACUUUUCAACUUAAAACCUUACUUAAAGUACAAGUUUAAGAUGAAGUACUAAUAUUUAAAUUUAGCACUGUUUACAUAGUCAUGAAUUGGUCUGAACCAAAUUGACUUAAGGAGGUAAAACUUGUAAUUUACAAAUAUAAUCAAGACUAUCAUUUAUGUGCUGUUUGCAUGGUGACAUAUCAGUGCAACUUAAAUAACUGUACUCGAUACAAGUGAACCAUUCAGGUUGAUUUGGGAAAUAGGUGACUUUUAAAAUUGUCAAUUGUGGAGACAGUAGUUUACAGUCAGUCAGGUUAUAUAUAGCUGAAAUAUACAGGAACUGAAAAAUGUAGACAUUAGGAAAUUAAAUAUCCUAAAGGCACCUAACUGCCAAAAGAAAAUGAAUUUUUACUAAAGAUCUCAUUUUACUAAAUUGUACUUACUAAUUGGUGUAUGUGUGAAGGUCAAUCAGGGCUUGCUAGAACAAAGCAGUCUAUGGCCAAGUGGCCCGUUUUUUGGAUCUCACUCUAGCCCAGGCUGGCCCUGAACUCAGUGAUCCUACCUCAGCCUCCCAAGUGCGCUGGGAUUAAAGGUAUGUGCCACCAUGCCUGGCUUUGUGUGUUUCUUAAGUAUAGUGGAUAUGCAUCAGCCUGCAGAUGGACUAAUUUUUUAAAAACUGAUUUAAGUAUCUAGAGAAGAAAGAGCCAUGUAAAUACAUGUAAUAUGCUUGUAACAUAUGUAAGAUUUUCUUUCAUCCUACAAAGACUAUUUUAGUAUGAAUUUGCUAGAUGUAUGACCAUGGACUUUUUUCUACGAGGGCCUAAUUUUAAAGGUCCCCAAUUAUUUUAAAGAAGCUUACCCUCAUGCUAAAGUGCCAGUGUAUGUACAAUUGAUUUGAUUUUAAGCUACAUAUCAAAGUAAAGCCUAAUAUUAAGCUUAUAUUAAAAGAUUUAAGCUGCUAAGACAUUUCUUAUUUUUGAGAUUUAAAAUUUAGUACAGGAUCUCCACUCUAUUCCCAUCUUUAAACCCAAAGAUUCAUUUUUGUUUUCACCAAUCCUGAUGAGACAGUGCUUGGUUCCAGUGGCUCUGAUGCUUGGUGAUUAAGUGCAAUUUAGGGAGACUAAGGCAAAAGGUGUAACCUCAACCCAAAGGGUGAAAAUACUAAUAGCUGUUAAUGCUACUAAUUUGAUACCCAUAUUUUGCUGUUGACAAGGCAAGUUAGCUAAGUUGUAAUUUUCCAAAUUCUGAUGCAAUGUGGAAAUCUUAUGAAGCAAUUUAAAGUAGAUUAAAGAAAUCAAGGAAGACUUCCAAGAAUGGGAGGAGUCCACAAAAGAAAGGAUGGGGUUACUUAAUGCAUCUGAUGUGUUUGAACCAUGAAAUUAAAAAUAAAUUCUGCUCAGUAGCUUGCUUUUAUUAAAUAACUUAUGUUGAUAAGACUA